AUGGACGAUUACCGGAGGCUCGUCGUGGCUCAGUUCUUCGAACCACUGCCAAACCUAUCCCAGAAUUCAUGUCACCAGUUUCUCUUACACCAUGUUGCCCCGAUCCUUCUUCCCAACUCUACCGGCAAGGUAGAUAUUCAACCUAGCCCUUUCCAGGGAAGCAUGAGCUAUACCGCUAUAUUACAUACUCAUUCCACAAACGCAGGUCAUCGCAUUGCCGUCCAGUUCCGAAGCGACAAGCAACACCUUUUUGGAGUCAACGAGGCUAGCCGCAUCCAUAGACCUAUUGUACCCCUAGUCACAUACCAGGGCAUAUACGAAGGUCUAUUUGUGUAUACAUCGCCUUUUGCAGAAGGGACACCGUAUAUCAGCGUCUUAAUGUCUUCUGAGGACUUUCAACUGCCGCUCCAGAAGAAGAUGGUGACUGUUAUGGACCUUGCAGACCUCGUUACUCGGGGAGCGAGAGCGAACACUGCUACAUUCAAUACCACUAUGUUCGGCCUCACUUCUGCUCUUGAGAGGAUCCGCCAUACGGUUAGUAACUACAUUUUCCGACACGUAACCCUUAGAAACUGUAUUUCUACUUGCAUUAGCAAGCUUCUACCGGGGCUACGUAAUAUCGCUACCCUCCCCGUCACCCUUACCCAUCAGGAUCUCACCCCGUUCAAUUACCUUAUCGACGACUCUACGGGCCGGGUCCAAGCUGUUCUAGACUGGGAUGGUACUCUAUACCUCCCAGUGGGGUCGAAUUCUUAUUUUAUGGAUAGUCUUUUCGGAUUCAUGACCCCAAGUGGUUGGCAAGACACGGAGGACCGUCGGGAACUCGAGACAGCGUUUUACGAUCGGGCUCUGGCUAGCCUUGCUGCGCAGGGAUUUGGCAGAAUAACAAAACAGCAACUAGAGUCGUAG